GGUGGUGCAGGAUGGAUACGAAUUUUUCGGCAAUCGUCAUCUUGUGACUAUAUUUUCUGCGCCGCAUUACUGCGGCCAGUUUGAUAAUGCUGCUGCUAGUAUGAUUAUUGACGAAAAUCUUGUCUGCUCAUUCCAGAUUUUACGACCAGCAAUGGCACCCGGACAAACGCGACUCGUAAAAACUAUACGUGAUAAAAGCGAGAGACUCGUCUUUGGGUCAAAAGAAUCUGUAUAA